AUGUGUUGUUGUUGUGGUGAUUGGAUGUAUCCAAGUGAAAAUGUAUUAAAAAUUGUUUAUUAUAGUGGCGGUUAUAAUUACUACCACAACCACCAUCCGUGUCGUCCUUCACCUGCUGCACGUCGAGCUCUACCCAGCACAUUUAAACAACAGUUGGAAUCUCUUCUUGGUCAGUAUACAAAUGAUGAUGAAAUUUCAUUACGUAUGUUAAUCGAGCAAACAUAUGUUCUAAUGUUUGAAAACAAUAAAAGCUCGUCAGAAUUCAAUGCACCAAAAGAAGCUAGUGAAUGCACGAAAUCCAUUGAAGGAACUGUCAAGCAAAAAACGACUCAACAAUUACUUAAUGAUAUUAUUGAUCAAUUUGAUGCCUUGUUAGCAGAAAUGAUAGCUGAUGAAGAUGAUUUGAUUCGAUUUGAUAUUGUGAAAAUCGACUUACGGCAAUUAUUCAUUCAAAUGGAAAAAAAUAUUUCUACGUUAGAAAAUGACGUUGGUGUACUAAAAUCUCGUGUAUUGGCAUUGGAAGAAAUGGAAAGUAACAUUAAUGUGAUACAGAUGGGGAACAUAGCAUUUCAACUUCUCAACAAAAUGAUUAGAUAUAUCAAACCAGGUCUAUCGAAAAGAGCUGCACGUGAUGAACGUAUAUAUUCAUUACAAGGAGAAGAAAAAUUUCCAGAUUUAACCGAUCUUAUCAAGAAAUAUGAUCAAAAGUUGACCAUCUUCGAUCUGGCACGAUCAAUAAAUGCGUUGAAAAAACAACGUGUUGAAAAUGCUCAUGAUGAACAUCCAAUGUCAAGUGAUGAAAUAGAUUCAAUCUUAACUGAAUUUAUUUCCGGUAAUGAUCAAUAUUUAAGUCAACAAGCAACGGUGGUGGUUCGUUUUCUAAAAAUCUUAGCAGGACAUCUGAAUGAACCAUUAAUUGUUGAUCUAGGAUGA